AAAAAUAUAAAUGGACCUAUUUUCUUUUUUAUCUAUCAUCAAAAAACAAUCUGCUGCUGGUGGUGGUUACUAUCGCUUUCGGCACCGCUUUGAUAAAAUUUUCCUUGUUUCUUUCUACCGCUGAUCUGCAAACCAUCAUCUCCUCUUCUCCGUUGGUGGGUUUGUGACAUCAAUGGCGGGGGGUUGUAUUGAUUUUGUGCAAUUGCUCAAUCAAGACUUAUCAACCAAUAUCUUAUCGUAUUUGGAUGAUCCAGCUGAUGUUGUUCGUGUUGGUUCCGUUUCGCGUGCUUGGCGUCAAUUUGUGAUUUCAAAUGGUCUCUCCAAGAAUCUCUGCUUAAGAUUGUUGCCAGAAGUAUCACAUGCUGUACCUGCCAUUGAAGAAAACGACAUAGUAGAGCCACUAGAUGUCAAGUCUACUGAUGAUAUGGAAGUGGAGAAAUCUACUGCUGAUAUGGAAGUGGAGAAAUUGAAGAAAAAUCAUCGAGUUUAUGCCUUCCUAGCAAAAGGUCUGGCUUCUUCCGUGGGAAAUUGCAUUUCUGAGGUAAUAUGUGCAUCCAGUACCGAUAAUUAUCCUGAAGAAAGCAUUCUGAACACAUUGGAACCUAGAGAUAGGAUCAGUGACAAGGCUUGUUACUGGUCAAGUGAAGGAGAGAGUGAUCAAGGGGUGCCUGAGACAUUAACUUAUAAACUGACAUCCGACUUGUGUUUUAUUAAUGAAAUCAACAUCCAACCAUUCGAAGCAUAUUUCCAGUAUGGUUCUCCUAUAUAUUCAGCCAAGGCUGUGCGCUUUCGAAUUGGCCAUUUUACUGAUCACUAUACGGAGACAGAUCUUGUGGAUGUGUUUGAGGUAGGUCAUAGACACAUUGAAGAUGACGUAGUAUGGACAUACACCUCAGAAUACUUUCCAAUGGCCCAGGAAAAUUGCUUACAAAAGUUCAAGCUGCCACAACCUGUUUUUGCUGUUGGUGGAGUUUUGCAGAUUGAACUUUCAGGUCGGGUUCAGCAGCAGGACGUAGAUGGGUUAUACUACGUGUGUAUUUCUCACGUUCAAAUCCUGGGACGCUCACUCAAAGAGGAUUUCGAUGCUGAGUUUGUUGAUUUUUCUGGGAAGUGCGUGCUGAAGUAUAUCCCAAAACCAGAUGCCACUGGUGACUCUAAUCCUUCUGCAGGUGAUGUGUUAGAAGAUGGCAGUGGUGGUAGUACGCCUGGCCCAUCUAGGUUGCAUUCUUUCACAGCCGGGUUGGUGCAGAGAGCAGGGAUGGGUUUCGAGCGCAUUUUUUCUUUACGUGGGCAUGGUGUGCUCAUUAUGGAUGAUGAUAGCAAUGAUGAAGACAAUGAAGAUUAUGAAGAUGGCAUGAACGAUAAUUUAGUCGAGGCUGAAUCUGAUGCUGAACAAGCUUUUGAAUAGGCUUUGCAUAUGGAAUGGAAAAUAAAAAUUUAGACUGCCAUCUUUGGCAGCAGAAAUUUUAUUUUAUGUUUACUGUGUGUGAGAGACCUAAAGAUGGAGAGUCCUGACUCCUGACAUUGUACUUUAUUUGCUAUUGAAUUUGUUUUCAUUUGCACUUGGCUUGCACAUUACAUAUUUAGACAUGAAGUCUUAAAUGUGCCUCAGAUGUUUCUUUCUUCUGUAGCAUUUUUCAGAUUUAUGCUCAAUGUAAUUCAAAAAGAACAUGUCCAACGUA